GUAUUUAAAGUACUUACUCUGUGAAGCAUCAUGUCGAAGACUCCAGACAGACAGUGCCGGCAUAACCCAGUACCAAAAAAUAGCAUAUGCAAAGGGCCCCUCAGUAGAUGCAAGUCCUGGUGAAGAAUUUGAAAUAAUGGCUUCCUCACAGUCAGUUCGUCUUCUGCUACCCGUACUAGGUAUUCUAGUCUUAGCGAUAUCUCAGGCGAAGGCUGCGUGUAUCGUGGAAGGCAGAGAAUAUACCUUAGGAAAGGAGUUUACCUUCGAUCAAGAUUGCUACAGGUUUAACUGUAUGUGUGAGCCAGAUGGGAGCUGGUCGUGCCCUGCUAAACAUACCAUAAACAUUUGCGGAGAGGCUGACGUGAUAAGUAGGUCAUCUGAAUACUCGUCAGGGUCAAGUCGGACAGAGUCACGGUCAAGUUGGUCAGAGUCAGGGUCAAGUUGGAGAGAGUCAGGGUCAAGUGGGUCUUACUCUAGCCGGACAGAGUCAGGUGGGGCUGGAACAAGCACUGCUGGAUACUGUCAUGUGGAUGGUAAGAAGUUCGCUCGUGGCAGACCCUUCUCGUUUGACCAGGACUGUUUCCGGUUCAGAUGCAUAUGUAACCGUGACGGAAGUUGGAACUGUCCAUCGCGAGACACAGAGAAUAUCUGUGGGGGUCAGGAGACUGCUGGAAGGACGAGCAGCUCUGGUUCUGGAUCGUCCAUUAGGAACAGUCGGGUGGAGAAAACAGCCAGCAUAAGUGCAGCGGAUGCCGAGUUUUGUCUUGUGAACGGACAGCAAUACCCACUGGGGCGUCCAUUUGUAUUUGAUGAGAACUGUUUCCGGUACAGGUGUAUGUGUGAGACAGACGGGAGCUGGCAGUGCCCUGCGAGCGAUACCAAGAAGGUGUGUGAGGACACCCCAGAUACUGAUAUCCAAAAAAUAGCAGGCAGUAACUACUACAGUAGCAGAAGAUAUGUCAGCACUGCAGACGGUUCGGGACGGGAUGCUUAUUGCGUGGUCAAUGGACAGACCUAUGUUAGAGGUCAACAGUUUUCCUUCAACCAGGACUGUUACAGAUUUAACUGUAUGUGUAACAGUGACGGAAGCUGGAACUGUCCAGCAGAGGAUACCGAGGAUAUAUGUUCCGGGCGAGACGGAAACACACGAACGGAAACCAGGAGAGAGGAAUCUCGAACAACGCGGAUCGAAAGUGGCACUUACAGGCGACGAACGGCUGCAGAUGGGUCAGGGGUUUCUGGUUACUGCGUUGUUAAUGGACGAAACUUCGUGCGAGGUCGGAGUUUUUCCUUUGACCAAGAAUGUUACAGAUUUAACUGCAUGUGUAACGAUGACGGAAGCUGGAACUGUCCAGCAGCGAAUACCGAGGAUAUCUGUUCCGGACGAGACGGGAAUUCACGAACUGAAAGUAGUAGAACGGAAACUCGAACAACGCGGAUCGAAAGUGGCACUUACAGGCGACGAACGGCUGCAGAUGAUUCCGGAGUUUCUGGUUACUGCGUUGUUAAUGGACGAAACUUCGUGCGAGGACGGAGUUUUUCCUUUGACCAGGAAUGUUACAGAUUUAACUGUAUGUGUAACGAUGACGGAAGCUGGAACUGUCCAGCAGCGAAUACCGAGGAUAUAUGUUCCGGACGAGACGGGAACUCACGAACUGAAACCAGGAGAACGGAAACCAGGACAACGCGGAUUGAGAGUGGCACGUACAGAAGACGAACAGUCCCAGAUGGUUCCGGACGAGAUGGUUAUUGCGUGGUUAAUGGAAAGAACUAUGUUAGAGGUCGAAGAUUUUCCUUCGAUCAAGGUUGUUACAAAUUUAACUGCAUGUGUAACGAUGACGGAAGCUGGAAUUGUCCAGCAGAGGAUACCGAGGAUAUAUGUUCGGGGCGAGACAGAAACACACGAACGGAAACUCGAAGAACGGAAACCCGUAGAACAUCGAGGAUCGAAAGUGGCACAUACAGACGAAGAACUGCUCCAGGCGGCUCGGGAAGGGAAGGUUAUUGCACAGUGAAAGGUCAAACCUAUGUGAGGGGUCGGAGAUUUUCCUUCGUCCAGGGCUGUUACAGAUUUAACUGCAUGUGUAACGAUGACGGAAGUUGGAAUUGUCCAGCAAAGGAUUCUGAGGAUAUAUGUUCCGGGCGAGACGGAAACACUCGAACGGAAAGCAGGAGAACGGAAACUCGACGAACAACUAGGAUCGAAAGUGGCACAUACAGAAGAAGAACUGCAGACACUUAUGGAAGGGCAGGGUUUUGCGUGGUCAAGGGACAGAACUAUGCGCGAGGUCAGCGAUUCUCUUUUGACCAAGACUGCUACAGGUUUAACUGUAUAUGUAACGAUGACGGAAGUUGGAACUGUCCGGCGGAUGACACGGAUAAUCUGUGUUCAGAACGGGACGGAAACACCCGGACGGAAUCCCGUAGGACGGAAUCCCGGAGAACAGAGAGGAUUGAGAGAAGGCGCACAGGAACAUCAGUGGAAACCGACGUUGACGACAUUUGCUUGGUGAGCGGGCAACCUUUUCCUAGGGGUCAACCAUUCUCCUUCGACGACGGCUGCUAUCGGUUCAGAUGUAUAUGUCACUCGGACGGCAGUUGGAACUGCCCUGCCCAAGACACACAGAACCUCUGUGGUGGCACAGAAAGGAUCAGUCGUAGUGGCAAAACGACAGUGAUCAGGUCUGGCAGAGUGGAGAGUGGAACAAAUUAUCGAAGAACCGGGGGUUCUGUUGGCACUGGAAUCGCAGUGGGCACGGACGCCGAGGAUAUCUGUUUGGUAAAUGGUCAGUCCUACCCCCGGGGAAGGGCUUUCUCCUUCGAAGAAGGCUGCUACAGAUUCCGCUGUGAGUGCUAUCAGGACGGAAGAUGGAACUGUCCAGCGGAAAACACUGAGAAUUUGUGUGGAGGCACAGAGAGAGUGAGCCGGUCAGGUCAGACUAUCGUGACGAGACGCAGGAUCGAGUCCGGAAGGUCAUUGGUCACAGGGAUCGAUGGUCAAGAUAUCGACAGUGUUAAUAUUUGCCUGGUGAGUGGUAAGUCCUACCCUCGAGGACGCAGCUUUACUUUCGAGCAAGCCUGCUAUCGUUUCAACUGUGUGUGUAACGAAGAUGGCAGCUGGGAAUGCCCAGCCGAACGCACUGUAAACCUUUGCGGUGGAACCGACAAGGUGAGCCGAUCAGGGAAGACAGUUGUAUCACGGACCAGACUGGAAACUGGCACUGGUUACACUAGGACAGGAGGUUCUGUGGACACACGUGAACCAUUGUCGCAGUUUUGUCAGGUUAACAACAAGCAGUACCCCACCAGUCAAUCUUUCACCUUUGACGAAGGCUGCUACCGGUUCCGGUGUAUGUGCAAUGAGGAUGGUAGUUGGAACUGUCCGGCGUCCGUGACAGAGAACCUGUGUGGUCGUGAGGAGAGAGUCAGCCGAAGUGGUCAUACCAGAGUCAGCUCGACGAGAGUUCGCAGUUCUUACAACCGGAAAACCGGAAGUAGCAGUACUAGUACUACUGGCAGAGGUAUAUCUUGUCAGGUCGAUGGACAAACUUUCCCUAUAGGUCAGCCUUUCAGCUUUGAUGAGGGCUGUUAUAGGUUUAGAUGUAUUUGUAAUAUCGACGGCAGCUGGGUGUGUCCAGCCGAGCAGACGGAGAACCUUUGUGGACGAACGGAUGAUCGCAUUAGUCGCUCCGGAACAUACUCUUACUCUCGCACGGAGUCCAGGAGAACGAUAGGAACCAACACAGACAACUCUGGAUCGCCUGGCUAUUGUCUAGUGGCCAAUACAGAGUACCCACUGAACCGUCCGUUCAGCUUUGAUGAGGGCUGUUACAGAUUCCAAUGCUUCUGCAGUAAAAGCGGAGCUUGGGACUGUCCAUCCAUUGCCACCACGAACAUCUGUGGCGGACCUGAACGCAUUGGCAAAUCUGGCGUAACUCGAAUUGCUAGUAAACGAGGGACUUCUAUCCACAGAACUGGAUCUGCCGGUGUCAUCGGGACUGAGGGCACUUUGGAGGGGGCACAGUUUUGCCUGGUUGACAACAAGGAAUACGCCUUAAAUCAACCCUUCAGCUUCGAUCAGGAUUGCUUCCGGUUCAAGUGUUUCUGUAGUGGGGACGGAAGCUGGAACUGCCCUGCCGAUGACUCUCAAAAUCUAUGUGGGAGAACAGACAAAAGGGGACGAGCUGGAAAAACUUAUUACAGAAGAACCACUAGCUCAAAGCGCGGGGGGGCCGCGUACUGUCAGGUGGCUGGCCAGUAUUACCGGCUCAACACGAGAUUCUCCUACCAAACAGGCUGUACCAAAUUUAACUGUGUGUGUAAUUGGGAUGGGUCAUUUGAUUGUCCCGCCACCCAGACCGAGGAUCUGUGCAGAGACAAGCAGCCAGAACCAAAGUACUGUACUGUUGAGGGUAAAAAUUAUCGGCUAAACUCCCGAUUUUCCUACGAGAAGGACUGCUACAAGUACAACUGUAUCUGUCGGAUGAAUGGACAGCAUGAGUGCCCACAGAGGAAUGUGGAGAACAUCUGUGACGAUGAUGAUAGAGAGAGUGAUCGUUUGGGCUACUGUUUGGUGAAGGGUCAAUACUACAGGAAGAAUUCUCGAUUCAGCUAUACAGAAAACUGCUACAAGUACAACUGCGUGUGUCGCAGUGACGGCAGUUAUGACUGCCCAGCCACGAAUAGGGAGAAUGUGUGUGAAAGACAAAGAGAUAAACGAGUGUUCUGUUAUGUGGAACGCCAAUACUACAGGCCGAAUACGAGGUUUUCCUACACCAAGGAUUGUUAUAAACAUAACUGCGUGUGUAAUGCGGACGGCAGCCACGAUUGUCCAAGACAGGACAUAGAGCGGGUGUGUGACUCCCCUACCCAAAGGCCAAGCGUAGAGAGAGAAGGUUAUUGUCACGUGGAAGGACAGUACUAUGAGUGGGACACCCGGUUUUCCUACACUAAAGGCUGUUUGAAGUUUAACUGUUACUGUACUGAUAAGGGUCGUGUGGAUUGUCCGAAAGAGUCAACAGUCAAGUUAUGUGACGACCCGACUCCGGCGCCAUCCUAUUGCUUUGUGGAAGGGAAAUAUCAUCCAGUAAACACGAGGUUUUCUUACGUGAAGGAUUGUUACAAAUACAAUUGUGUGUGCCGGUCCGACGCAUCCCACGAUUGUCCAACUUCUAACACAGAAAACGUCUGCACCGCUGCGCCAACUAGAAGACCCGAAAAUUGUGUUGUUGGAGGCCAGUUCUACCGCUUAAACAGGAAGUUCUCUUACCGACGGGGAUGUACCAAAUUCAACUGCUUCUGCAGGUCUGAUGGAACAUACGAGUGUCCAGACACGGAGGACACCUGUAGGAGAACAACGGCUGACCCCAGACGUGGCCAGUGUUUGGUUGAAGGUAGAUAUUACCUCCCGAACAAAAGAUUUACCUAUGACCGCGGCUGUACUCGAUACUCUUGUUGGUGCGGAUCUGACGGUAGACACACGUGUCCAGAAGAUGACAAAGCUGACUUAUGCGCUAUUCCAACCCCAACACCAGCAGCUUGCCGGACCUGUGAAGUGGACGGUAGAACAAUUGCAAGUGGUAUAAGCUUCACUUAUCGUCGAGAUUGUUACCAGUACGGUUGUGAUUGUAAAUGUGACGGGUCGUGGGAUUGUCCCCCAAGUCGCGUUAAGUAUCUUUGCGCUGAACCCCAGGAUGUCUGCCAGACAUGCACGGUGAAGGGUCGCACAUAUCAAGGGGAUACAGAUUUCUCUCACCGCGAGGGCUGUUACGAGCUCAACUGCCGCUGCCGUUGUGACGGUACCUGGGACUGCCCGCCUGACAGAGCCAGGAACCUCUGCCCCGUUCAGCGUCCUGUAACCCCAGACCCCGCCAAAGUAGUGUGCAAAUAUUGCAUUGUCCGAGGCCAGAGAUACAAACCAGACACCCCAUUUUCAUACUACGAAGGUUGCUUUGAGUACAACUGUGACUGCGACUGCAGUGGAUCGUGGAAUUGCCCCGCAGAAAGGACGAAGAACAUCUGUCAGAACUGUAGGGAUUGUAUUGUAAGAGGAAAGACUUACCAGCCAAACACACGGUUUGAAUUACAGAGGGGAUGUGCCUCGUAUGACUGCUCUUGCUUUUGUAACGGAACUUACGACUGUCCGCAGGAAACCAAGCAAGACAUUUGCGAAGAGGAUGAAUCGCUUCAGGGUUGCUCUCGGUGUGUAGUUGACGGUGACGAAUUCCCACCCAACAAGCGCUUCAAAUUUGUUGAGGCUUGUUUCGAGUACGAUUGCGAUUGUGAAUGCGAUGGUAGCUGGCACUGCCCUGAAGAGAGAACAAAGACCAUUUGCACUGACUCUAUCCCAGAAAAUCGUGUCAUUCCAAAGCCGAACUGCGGGAUUUGCAAAAUUGGGUUGAAGACAUACGAAGGAAACACCAGGUUUAAACACGUUCAAGAAUGUUUCGAGUUCAUCUGUGAUUGUAACUGCGACGGAAGCUGGGAUUGCGAUCCAAAACUUACGAAGAACCUAUGCGAAGACGGAGUAGCGGCAGAUUCCGCUCGACUGUUCGACGUAGAGACAUGUAAAAAGUGUGAGGUUUCCGGAGUGGAAUAUCCCAGUCAGAAACCGUUCACGUAUCAGAGGGAGUGCUUGGAACGGGAAUGUUUCUGUCACUGCGAUGGCACGUGGGCAUGUCCCAAGGAGAAGAACAUAUGUAGUGCUGAUUCCAGUAAUGCUGAUCUAGUGCAGAGAAAAGUAACAGAUGGGAAAAUAGGAUGCAAAGUGAAGGGCAAAGUCUACACGACCCCGACGUUCUCCUUCGUUGACGGAUGUUUCGAAUACAACUGCGUAUGUAACAACGGUGCCUACAAUUGCCCUGCCACAAAAACGAAACAAUUAUGUUAAUGAUUAUAUGCUUAAUACUGUCUCGUUUCGCAGGCUUGGCAUUCUUGUGAGCUGUUAGUUUAACAAGGAAUUGAGCCAUAUUUCAUGCGGAUUUUACAGCAUAGUGAAGUGUAUAUGUAUAUACCCUCACAGACGUUGUUAAAAUUGAUUAAAUUUUCUAUUGUGUUGGCAUAUUAUUCCCGGGGACAAGGCUGUUCAGGCCCGGGAAAUCUUAAUGAAAGAAGCUGUUUGUUUGUGUUCCAGUUCAGUCACGCAUUUUGACACAAGUGUACAACAGACUACCACAUUAACCACAUGUCUGUUUAGUAUUGCUAUAACCAAAAUUAAUGUCCAUAUGUACGUAAACGGUGUCGUGUGAAUAUAUGACGUAUGUCCAUUGAACGUUUCUGCAAAUCAAGAAAAAACUUUGAUGUAACUGUAGAGAACACCACUGUAAUUUGGAAAAAUAAACGAAAUCCAUCACUGUCAAAAGAUUUUUUUGAAGGACGGUCAUUAAUUUUUACACUCGUAUAAAUCGCAUAUGGAAUAUGCUUGAACAUGCUGUACGUAUGCUGCAAGGCAACGAAGUAAAUAGUGCAUAACAAAAAUAAAUCAGCAUGUUGUUAGCGA